AUGUCCCACGGUGGGCUCCGGCGGCAGACUGUGGGCGCCACAGAUGUCGGUGUAUCAGCAGGCCGGGUGAAGCCAGAUGCGGGCGUCUACCUGGGAAGCAUUUCUCCCACUUCACUGCAGGUGGUGUCUGGGCCUUCUCUUGAGCGAGGGAGAGGAAGGCUGGCUUCGUUCAAGCUGUGGUUUCAGCAGCUGCUGGCAUCGGGCGCCCCGCCGUCAGGUGUGCUGCUCGCCAGCGACCGCACGGGGCCGAUUCGGAUGAUCGGAACUGUCAGUCUCCCUCCCAGGGGCGCUGGGGAAACGGUGCUGCAGUCCAGCAAUGAGCAGCUGAAGGAGAAGUUGGAUGCCCUUCAAUGCCAUUUCACCUGGCAUUUGGGCGUAACAGGCCAUGUUGAACCCACACCACUCUUCGGGCUGCAGGCAUAUCUGUACCAGCUGAAAGGCCAGAGCAGAGAAGCUCUGCAAAGCCUUAAAGAUGCUGAAGAACAUGAGACACAAGAUGAGCAGCAGGCUUCUACUGCUGAUUCUUCGAUUAUCUGUGGGAAUUAUGCUUGGAUUCACUACCUUCAGGGCUCUUAUCAGGAGGCCAAAAGCUAUCUGAAACAAAUUGAGCAACUCUGCCCAACUCCUUGGGACGCACAGCUGAUCCCAUACAUCCAGGCCCAGAAAGGCUGGUCCCUCUUGGCUAUCAGAACACCCAAGCUACUUGAACAAGUGCAGAUAGAAAGAUCAAUUGGCUUGAUAGAAGAAAGUGCAGAGAAAAGCUCCGAUCCUGAUGUCCUCAAAGCUUCAGCUUUAUUCUGGCUGCAACGGUCCACAGAGCGAGCCAUGGAGAUAUUACAGCGAGCCCUGAAGCAGGAUCCAAGCUACCACCUUCUCUACCAAAGCCUUGGCAAGUGCUAUAAGAUACAGUGGCUGACUGCAAAGCAGGAAGACAAGAAUAACAUAUUGGAGGCAGCCAUCAAACACCUCAAGCAAAUUCUUCAGAAACAUCCAGACCUUGACCUCGUGUUUUUAAAGCUGCAAUUAGCAGAGCUCUAUGGCGCAAUAGACCCAGCACAGGAAGAGAAGAUCUACAAAGAGCUGCAGGAGAGAAAGGACACCCUGAGCCCCAAAGGCCACCAAGCCCUUAAUCUCUACUGGGGAAAUUUCUUCCUCUACAAGAAGAAAUCACUUGAUGAAGCAAAAGCAAAGUUUAUGGAGGGUUACAAAAUUCCCAUGCCAACAGAACAGAGAAAGGAGUGUGCACGGAAGUUGACAAAGGUGGCUUGGCACUGCCACAGCAACGAUGCUGAUGCUAUCCACCGCUUCAUCCAAAAGACUGACCACCACUUGCCUGCAGAAUUUUUUGAAAGUGAUCUGGACUGA